AAGCAGUCAUAAGAACAAAUAUGCGAAAAUUUAUAAUUAAUGUGACCUUCCUUUUCGCCGUGUUUCGAAUGUGUUUGGCAGGCUCGACAACUGAAAAUGCGCACUCAAAUCAAGAAAUCGAACGAUGUGAACAAAAAGACCGAGAAAUAAUAGAAUUGAGAGCAGAGUUAUAUCAGAAGAAAAUCAAUGAAACUUUUGUAAAUGAAUUGAGAUCUCAAAUAGUUUUGCAAAAUGAAAUCAAAGAAGCUUUGAUACAGGAAUUGCGAUCUCAAAUCGAGUUUCAAAAACAAACUAACAAUAAAUUGCAAUCUCAGAUAGAUUUUCAGCAAGAAACUAUUAGCAAACUACUUUCAAAGUGCAAUUUUAUUGGGAAUUCUAGUGAAGAAGUUGAUGUUUCUCAAAAGUUAGAGCAUUUCGAAGACCAACUGAACCAAUUAAAUGUUAGUCUUAAUGAAAGGGAUUUAGAAAUUCAAAGAAUUAAUCUGAAAAUUACAAAAGAGCCAGAAUAUGAAAAACAAUUACAAGAAAAUCUAGCUAAAUCACUAAUCGAUUUUCCCACAAGCUGCCUUCCUUUUGGAAACAGUUCGGGUGUCCAUCAAAUAAAAGCAACCGGCUUUGAUUUCUUCAAUGUUCUCUGUGAUAGUCAGGCAGCUGGACCUGGAUGGUUAGUUAUUCAACAACGAGUCGGGGGAAAUGAGAGUUUUAAUAAAGAUUGGGAUACAUACCGCAAGGGAUUUGGUUCAUUUGAUAGUGAUUUUUUCCUUGGUCUGGAGAAAAUCCAUCAUCUGACAAGUUCUCAGAAUUUCGAACUCUUUGUGCAUUUUGUUGCUUUAAAUGGCUCAACUUACAACGCUCAAUAUGACAACUUUAAAAUAUCUGAUGAAGAUAACGAAUACCAACUGCAAUUGGGAAAUGGAAAUAUGGAGAAAGGACUAAAAAACAGUAAUGAAUAUCCAUUCUCAACAUUCGAUCGUCAUCCGGAAUAUUUAGACUCUCUGGAUUGCGAAGAAUCACUCAAAAGUGGCUGGUGGCACAAUAAUUGUCUCGAUUGGAAUCUAAAUUCUUUUAAUGGCACAGACGAAAUGUUGCAUUUCUUUGACGUUCCACUUAAAAAAGUCAUGAUGCUUAUACGCCCUAAAGAAGAAAUAUAA